UCCUUCCUUCCUUCUUGCCCGGACAUCUCCUGUUGCGGUCUCGCUCUCGGAGGGGGUGCCUGGGAGCCGCCACGGGGAUUGCCGGGACGCGGCGCUCGGGCGUUUGUUGGCGCGUCGUUGUUGAGGUAUAGGCACACAUGGCUCCUGGUGUCUCAAAUGAGAAGAAAAGUGAAGAUGAACAACCUUCAAAAGAGAAUUUUAUCCAUCUCUGCAACCCUCACCUGGAGAAAAUGCAAGAAGACAUCCUGUACCAUUUUGCCCUUGGGACUGGUACCCACGAUCUUCCCGCAUUGUUUGGGGAUGUAAAGUUCGUGUGCGUCGGAGGAAGUCCGUCGCGGAUGAAGGCCUUCAUCACCUACAUAGCUGGCGAACUGGGCCUUGGGAGCCCGGGUUCGGAGCACCCCAACAUCUGUGCGGGAACUGACCGUUAUGCCAUGUACAAAGUGGGACCCGUCCUGUCAGUCAGUCAUGGUAUGGGCAUUCCUUCUAUUUCGAUCAUGUUGCACGAGCUGAUCAAACUGUUACAUCACGCAAAGUGCUCCAACGUAACCAUUAUUCGCAUUGGCACCUCUGGUGGAAUAGGUCUGGAGCCAGGCUCAGUAGUGAUAACUAGGAAGUCUGUAGAUGCCACCUUCAAGCCUCAGUUUGAACAGGUGAUUCUGGGAAAGUCUGUAAUUCGGAGUACAGAUCUCGAUGAACAGCUAGCGAAGGAGCUGAUGCAAUGCAGCAAAGAAAUCAAUGAAUUCAAUACAGUGAUUGGGAACACUAUGUGCACUUUGGAUUUCUAUGAAGGACAAGGCCGUUUAGAUGGUGCAAUCUGCUUAUACACUAAAGAAGAGAAACUCCAAUAUUUGAGGGAAGCUUUUGAAUCUGGAGUCCGAAACAUUGAGAUGGAAUCAUCUGUCUUUGCUGCAAUGUGUAAUCUCAGUGGUGUUAAAGCUGCGGUGGUGUGUGUCACUCUCCUGGAUCGACUCAAAGGAGAUCAGAUUAGUAGCUCGCAUGAUGUACUUGUGGAAUAUCAACAAAGACCACAGAAAUUAGUGGGUUACUUCAUUAAGAAACGUCUUGGGAAAGUGUGAAACAAUCAUCUUUGUUUCAUGAAAGCAGAAGGCCAGUGUUUUCUUCCUAGCUGAAGUCACGGUCACUGAUUCUGUGCAAUAAAGGUCAUUUGCCUUAGAAUAGCUUACAACACUCUAUUUGUAUGUGGAAGUUAAUCAUUUAUAUCUGUAUACUCUGGGAACAGAAUAUCUUGAACAGACUUGAAUUAAGAUUAGCUUAGUUAUGUGUAACUGGGCUAUAAGGUUUUUACUUUUCUGUGGGUUGAAAAGUGUUGUGAGGGUACUUCUUGC